UGCUGCUUAACAGUACACCUCACAGUUGCCUCAGAACGGUUGCGGAACAGAAAUCUAAGAAAUAUGGGAAAAUCUACGGGUUUGCUGCUGCUUUCCAUAUGCUUAACGCUACAGCAGCUCAUCGUCGCGCACCCCCUGCCGAGCGACGUCACGGCCCAGGCGGCGGUGGAUGACACAAAACUAAAUGAAUUGCACCAAACCGAAAUUACUAAGUCGAACGAGGUAAAUUUCAUCAAAGCGCUUGAGCCAGUGAUUGUGACAACACUCGAUGGCGCAGAAAAAUACUUCGACACGCUCCAAACGGAGACUGCGCGGUUUGUCGAUGGCGUGCUUAAGGCGCUGAAAGCGCUGCCCGAGGAUAACGAUUAUAUACGAGAGCUUACACCACGCUUGACGAGCUUGUUGGCGCGUUUGAAGGAUACCUCUUUGAAAGGCAGAUCAGCACUAAUACGCGACAUCGCCGAUUUGUAUGCAGAUUUUGACAACAUAACCGAGCGCAAAGACGACGACAUUAAGGUUGCCGUCUUGAGUAAAGUUCUUGAUAAAUUCCAGUUGCUCGAAAUGCAUUUUCAUGUGAACAACGCUGUUGAUAGUGCGGUGCGGAGGUUCAACAGAGCCUUUGAGCAGUUUUGGGCUUCGCUAAGCGAGUCUCAGCGGACGGAGCACCAGCGUCUGGGUGAUUUCUAUGAGCGUUUUAAAGCCAGCAAAACUAAUGAGGAUAAGUUAAAAGGGUUUGAAGAGUUUCUGAAGAUGGCUCUAGAGUUUGCUUGAGUUGAUACCGAGACAAAUUAUUGUUAAUUUGCCAAGUGUUGCAAGCAAGAUGCCCAGUUUUUUAAGUUAUGUAAGUGCUUUUUGAAUGCUUUUAAGUUUAAUAAAGUUUGAUAGAAGUUCAGUCUAGAUUUUCUCUACGACUGUGAAUAAAGUUUUCUUAAAAACCUAAAAAA